AUGGCAGUGCAGCAGUGCACAAUGGCGCUCUUCGUGGCGGUCGCCCUCGUGGCCGGGCCAGCCAUCUCGUACGCUGCCGAAGCCGGCCAAGCCCCGGCCGGGGCACAACCCAAGGCCACGACCGAGGAGCAGAAGAUAAUUGAGCAGGCCAACAAAGCCUUCAAGGCGGCCGUGGCGACGGCAGCCGUAGUCCCUCCAGCGGACAAGCCCAAGUAUUUCCAGACCACCUUCGUCAACAACUUUGGCAACUGGACACUCGAAGGGUUAGCCAACGCGUCCAGCGCCAACGCCAGUAUGAGCACUAGGGUCAUCUUCGCUCAGGUGGCGGCCGCCAUGAACGCCCAGGGCACUACCCCGGAGGCCCAGUAUGACUCCUUCGUGGCCAUCUUUGGCGAGUCGCUCCGCAUCAUUGCUGGCAUCCUUGAGGUCCACGCCAUCAAGCCCGCCCGCGAGGAAGUCAAGGGGGCGAGCCCUGCUGGCGAGCUCAAGGCCAUUGACCAGAUCGACACCGCCUUCAGGACUGCAGCCACCGCUGCCGAUGCUGCCCCGGCCGAGGACAAGUCCACCGUCUUCGACUCCGCCUUCAGCAAGGCCAUCAAGGAGACCAUGGGCGAUGCAUACAAGGACUACAAGUUCGUCCCCGCCCUCGAAUCUGCCGUCAAGAAGAUCUACACCGCAUUAGUUCCCGCGAAGCCCACGGAAAAGAUCUUCGUCUUUGAGAGCGCCCUUGAAGACACCAUCGGCGCCAUGGCCACCGCGGCCGCUGCCCCCGCAGCGCCCACUCCCACUCCCGCCUCCGCGGCCGGUGGCGACAAAGUCUGA